AUGCCGCAAAAACGAAACCGAGAACGGAAGAUUGACAAGAAGCGUGGUGUAUUUGUCAAAGUCAAAGGACUCCAAGACCAGGGUGUUGAAAUUGGUCAGUCCACCAUUUGGAAUCAUGGAGAAGAACAUGUACAAGAUCAGGAAGUAAGUCUUUGGAUCUUUGAUAGCAUGCCACAUCUGGUAGUUUUGCCAUUGAAUGGUCUUGAUACCAGUCAUGUUUGA